CAUAUUGUUCUUCAUCAUUGCUGUGUUUCAAGAACACCUCACACUCCUUAUCUUCCAUCUUCAACCUUUGCAUGUUCGAGUUUCCGAUGAGAACAUAACUUCAGAGUUCAGACCAUAACAAAAUGAACAGUUUGGUAGCACCGGCAACGGUGCUCCAUUACCCUCUGUUCCGAAGCAGCAACACCACCAACCUUCCAAGGUUCCAAUCCACCCUUUCAACAAUUACAAUAUCGCCAACAGUUUCUCACUCUCUGCUUCGCCGCACGCUCUCUGCACGCGCCGCCGCUUCCGAUGAAGCAGACACACAAACAGUAGAUGAGGAGGUGAAAUUAGAAUCCGAAACCACCGAGGGAGGAAGCACUUCCAGUUUUUCUACCCCACUUGACAAAGAGCUCAAAAAGGUUGCUCAGAAGACUGCUGCUACCUUUGCACCAAGGGCUUCAACAGCUUCAAAGAACCCUGCUGUACCUGGAUCAACCUUGUACACUGUUUUUGAGGUUCAAGGAUAUGUAUCCAUGUUGUUGGGUGGAGCUUUGUCUUUCAAUCUCAUAUUCCCAUCAAAUGAACCUGAUCUUUGGAGAUUGAUGGGAAUGUGGUCUGUUUGGAUGUUCACAAUUCCUUCGUUACGAGCUCGAGAUUGCUCGAAAAAUGAGAAAGAAGCUCUCAACUAUCUUUUUCUCCUUGUUCCAUUGCUCAAUGUUGUGAUACCAUUCUUUUUGAAGUCCUUUGCUGUUGUUUGGUCAGCAGAUAUAGUAGCCUUCUUUGGAAUGUAUGCAUGGAAGCUUGGUUGGCUUCAGAAAACAGACUAGGGAACCCAAAUUGGUGGUUGGCUUUUGACUUUCACAUGGUUCUCAGUUAUAUAUGACACACAGCUAGUUAGGUGCUCUACAUUGAUGGGAAAAUUUCAUAGUCCCCUACACCAGGAUGGUUGAAUUGUGUUUAAAGCUCCUAUAGCUUUUGCAACUACUAGGGGAGCAAGAAACCUCACAUUGCAGUAAAUGCCAUCUUGAAGUUAUAUAUACCAUCUUGCAGUUUUGCUAUUAUCAAAUGUAGAAAAAAGCCAUAGCUUGUUAAAAAAAAUUGCAUCUUGUGAUCCUCUACCUCACAUUGUAGAAAAAUUGAAAUUCCCUGAUAUUAUCAAAGAUGGAAUGUGAUUUAACCGUGA